AUGAAGUUCAUGAUUAUAGUUCUAUCAAUAAUAUCUUUAUAUACUUCCUUGAGUUUUGGCCAUAGCCCACCCAGCCGACUCGUGGCCCGCCAAGGUAAAUGUACCCCAGUCACUGACAAUGAUCCGAACACCAAUAUUUUCAACUGCCCGGAUGAUCAUCCAAUGGAUUUGAAUGAUUGUCAGCGCGCUGGUCAGAUAAUGAUGCAAAAUGGAUGGAGUAGUAGUGGGUAUGGAACCUGCGGCGUCUUGUACUUUGGGAGUGACGGCAAGGGGGAACCGGCGCCGUUAGUCCCAUAUAAAGACUUGACCGCGACCAUUGUAGAGAACACACUCAACAGCUUUACUGUCGACUGUUGCCCUGAAAUUAAAACCGAGUUCGGGCACCCAGUCAUUAGCGAUCUACCUCCUGAUCCCCAGUAUCCCACUGGUUCAACCGUUCUAUGUGUUGGCCGGUUAGCCUCGUCCUAUCCGGAUGCUAGGGCCCUGGACGACAAAGAUAUUGGCGUCUUGAUAAAAAAUAAUAAGAAAUACUUGAAAAAUAAUUGA